AUGACUUUAAAUACCAGCCACCAGGAGGAGAUAAAGGUGCUCCCUGCAUCUGGCCUUGCUGUCCUCCUCGUCACAGCUCUGAAGUUUUCCACUGCAGCCCCCUCCCUAUUUGCAGCCCCCCCCCCCAGGACCUCAAGGAACAGCUACCAGCUCGCACAGGCAUACCUUGACAAAUAUUACACAAAGAAAGGAGGGCGCCAGAUUGGUGAGAUGGGUGCAAGAAGAGGCAAUUCCAUGGUUAAAAACAUUAAGGAGCUGCAGGCUUUCUUCGGCCUCCGAGUCACCGGGAAGUUAGACCGGGCCACCAUGGAUGUGAUCAAGAGGCCUCGCUGUGGAGUUCCUGAUGUGGCAAACUAUUGCCUCUUCGCAGGUGAAUCCAAAUGGAAAAAAAAUACUUUGACAUACAGAAUAUCCAAAUACACACCUUCCAUGACUUCUGCAGAAGUGGACAAAGCAGUGGAGAUGGCCCUGCAGGCCUGGAGUAGUGCCGUCCCUCUGAGCUUUGUCAGAAUAAACUCAGGAGAAGCAGAUAUUAUGAUAUCUUUUGAAACUGGAGAUCACGGGGAUUCCUAUCCAUUCGAUGGGCCUCGGGGGACUCGCCAUGCAUUUGCACCUGGAGAAGGCCUGGGAGGAGAUACACAUUUCGACAAUGCUGAGAAGUGGACUAUGGGAAUGAAUGGUUUCAAUUUAUUCACCGUUGCUGCUCAUGAAUUUGGCCACGCACUGGGCCUGGCCCAUUCCACAGACCCAUCAGCACUGAUGUACCCAACUUAUAAGUAUCAGCAUCCCUAUGGAUUCCACCUUCCCAAGGAUGAUGUGAAAGGGAUCCAGGCACUGUACGGACCUCGGAAGACAUUCCCAGGGAAGCCCGCUGUGCCCCACAGCCCCCCUCAUAAUCCUUCUAUCCCUGACCUCUGUGACUCCAGCUCAGCCUUUGAUGCUGUGACAAUGCUGGGAAAGGAGCUCCUGUUCUUCAGGGACCGGAUUUUCUGGCGUCGGCAGGUUCACUUGAUGUCAGGGAUCCGGCCCAGCUCCUUCCCCCAGCUUAUGUCCAAUGUGGAUGCAGCUUAUGAAGUGGCUGAGAGGGGCACAGCUUACUUCUUUAAAGGACCCCACUACUGGAUAACAAGAGGAUUCCAAAUGCAAGGUACUCCUCAGACUAUUUAUGACUUUGGGUUCCCAAGAUACGUGCAGCGAAUAGAUGCUGCCAUCUAUCUCAAGGAUGCACAGAAGACCCUUUUCUUUGUGGGAGAUGAAUACUACAGCUAUGAUGAAUGAAAAAGGAAAAUGGAAAAAGACUAUCCAAAGAAUACUGAAGAAGAAUUUUCAGGAGUUAAUGGCCAAAUAGUUGCUGCUGUGGAGUUAAAUGAUGAGUGCUACAUUUACUUCUUUUCAGGACCCAAAAUGUACAAGUAUGACACAGAGAAGGAAGAUGUGGUUAGUGUGCUGAAAUCUAGUUCCUGGAUUGGUUGCUAA